AUGGCCGCCGCAAUUAAAGACACCGUCAACAGCAUGCUCGAGAGCCUCAACCUCACCAGCCCCGAGCCGAAAGGCGCCCCGCCAAAGGAGCCCAGCGCAGAAGAAGUCCAAGAGCUCCGCUCAAAGUACGAAAAGGCCGGACAGGAGCAAGUUUUCACCUUCUACGACUCCCUCAGCGUAGCAGAGAAAGCCUCUCUCUUUGGCCAACUCUCCGCCAUCGACCCGGACCACAUCAACAAGAUCACCGACCGGGCCCUCAACCCCCCGAAAUCCGAGCAAAAAGACGAUUCUCCGACCCUCGAGCCUCUUCCCGAGUCCGCUACGUCCUCAGUCCUCGACUCCAAGCCCGAAGACCUCACGGCAUGGUACGAGUCCGGCCUGGACCUGAUUGCAGAGAACCAGGUCGCCGUGGUGCUGAUGGCUGGUGGGCAGGGGACACGCCUCGGCAGUUCAGCGCCUAAGGGCUGCUUUGACAUUGGGCUGCCGAGCCACAAGUCGCUGUUCCAGCUGCAGGCGGAGCGGAUCAGGAAGGUGCAGCAGCUGGCGCAGAAGAAGCAUGGGAAGGAGGCCGUCGUCGUGCCGUGGUAUGUCAUGACCAGCGGACCGACGAGAGCGUCGACGGAGAAGUUCUUUGCGGAGCAUGACUGUUUUGGGCUGAAGAAGGAGAAUGUGGGGAUUUUUGAGCAGGGUGUGCUGCCGUGCAUUUCGAACGAUGGGAAGAUAUUGCUGGAGAGUACGUCAAAGGUUGCUGUGGCCCCAGACGGCAAUGGCGGCUUAUACCAAGCACUCAUCAGUGCCGGUGUCGUAGCCGACAUGCGCAAGCGCGGCAUCAAGCACAUCCACGCGUACUGCGUCGACAACUGCCUCGUCAAGGUAGCUGAUCCGACGUUCAUCGGCUUCUCCGCGUCCAAAGACGUGGAUAUCGCGACCAAGGUCGUCCGCAAGCGCAAUGCGAAGGAGUCCGUCGGCCUUAUCAUACAAAAGAACGGCAAACCUGAUGUGGUUGAAUAUUCCGAGAUUGACGCGGAGACCGCGGAGGCCAAAGACCCCAAGAACCACGACCUGCUUAAGUUCCGCGCCGCAAAUAUCGUCAAUCACUACUACUCCUACCGCUUUCUCGAGAGCAUCCCUGAAUGGGCACACCGCCUGCCGCACCACAUGGCGCGCAAGAAGAUCCCGUCUGUGGACAUCGAGACGGGCAAGACGGUCAAGCCCGAAAAGCCGAACGGGAUCAAACUCGAACAGUUUGUGUUUGACUGCUUCCCGUUCCUAUCGAUGGACAAAUUCGCUUGCAUGGAAGUGAAGCGCGAAGACGAGUUCUCGCCACUGAAGAACGCAAAAGGCACGGGAGAAGAUGACCCGGACACCAGCAGGCGGGACAUUAUGGAUCAGGGGAGGCAGUGGGUGCAGGAUGCAGGAGGCGUGGUCACAGGCGAGAGCGAUGAUACUGGGAUCGAAGUCUCUCCGUUGAUCAGCUACGGCGGUGAGGGUCUCGACUUCUUGAAGGGGCGGACGAUCAGGGCUCCCGCGGUGAUCGAGAAGGAGUAA